AUGCCUAAACAAAGUAAAACUAAUGGAAUCCGAAAUCAUAACAAAAUACCACUAUCUGUUAAUUUUCCUAAUAUUGAUUUUGCUAUAAUUUCACUGAUAUAUUCCAAUUACAAAACAAUGUUUGAACUCAAUCAAGUAAAAUAUGAUGAAGCAAAAAAGAUUUUGACAGCUGAAAGUGGAA